AUGGAGCCGACAGCUAAAGGACGGACUGAAAAAAGUUUCAGCUACGUUGUCAGAGCCCCCAGCAGCGAUGGGUUUGAUAUAAUGAACGUCGAUGUGAAGAUCGACACGUCCUGGAUCUUCCAGGAUGUAGAGGAGACUGGUGAGGAGCCGGGAUGUCUUCCAGAAGAAGCAGCUAGAAGCCCAGACAUGGACACAGGAACACUCAGGAAGCAACUGGAAUCCUCAGAACAGAAGCUGUUGGUAGCUGUGGACAAGUACGUGAUGUCAGAGUCUGGGCUGAGGAGCAGAAUUCAGGAGCUGGAGCUGUCGGAGAGGAAACUCCUCCAGAAGGUGGACCUGCUGAGCGCCCUUGUGUUCCAGGAGAGAAGUGCCUCUCUCCGGGCCCAGGAGCAGCUGGAGGCGCUGCAGGGGGAGCUCGCCAGCCAGGUUCAGGAGAAGGAGCGCGCGGCCCGGCGGCAGCGGUGGCGGCUGCGGCGGCUGCGGGAGCGGCUGCGGCGCAAAGACGAGGCGCUGGGGCUGCAGGCGGCGGCCCUGGAGCGCGGCCGGCGGCUCCAGCGGCGCCAGCUGCGACUGGUGCGCGAGCAGGAGCGCAUCCUGCGAGCGCAGGUGCAGCGGCUGGAGUUGGACGUGCGGCGCCUCUGCCACGCCGCGGGCCUCCUGCUGGCCGAACUGGACGCCCCGAACCAGGGUGGCCCCCGACCCCCGGGCCCGACCAGUCCCCGAGGCGCUCCCGAGGAGGCCGCGGAGCCGCGCGCGCUGCGGGCCAGGGCCGAGCGCGGCGAGCGCGAGCGGGACCAGGCGGCGCGCCGGCUGCGGGAGCAGCGCGCCACCGAGCGGCUGCUCCGCGGGCAGCUGGAGGAACUGCGCUGCUGCAUCUAUGGGCUGAAGCUGUCGGAGAUCGGCCUGCAGGGCCAGGUGGAGGAGCUCGCCCAGCAAAACAGGUGCCUGCGAGAGGAGCUGGGAGCCCAGGCCCCCCGAGAGAGAGCGCUCAGCACGGCUCCUGCUGGUCACGGUAGCCUGGAGGCCCUGGGCUGUGUUCAGGAUGAAUCGCUGCCCCUGCCCUGGGAGGAGGCUCCGGAUGCCUGCGGAAACCGAGGCCCUGACGGGGCCCCUGGACCAAGGGGCUCGGCAGGCCAGCCCUCCGAGGGGCCCCGCGCCUGGGACUGCAUCGGGGCUGGACAAAGCACUGCUGUCUUGAUCCCAGGCCCGGAGACCACGGACCAGCUCCCAGGAGACCUCGCAGGAUCUGCCCGUGGACAGUUUACUCCGGCUGAGCCCAGCUUGGGCGAACAGACUCUCCUUGUCAUCUGUGGCUGCCCCCCGAGGCAGGACAUGGACGGCUCACUCCUCCCGGUGGAGCUGGCCUGGAUUUCAGAGCAGAACCUAGCAGCCACCCUGGCCCAGGUGUCCUUCCUCCCAAUGCAGACAUGCACACGCCCUCCCUGGGGGCAGGCUGGGGACUCGGCUCCCCUGCCACUCCUGCAGCUGCUCCUGGAAGAUUCCCCAGAAGAACUGCAAGCCCAACAGGUGCUGGAGGCUAGGCCCCCGCCUGCUUCCUCCGCUGUAGGACACCCCAGCCGGGAUCAUCGCCCGGCAAGGAGCCACGAUGCCUCCCUCUGCCGGGAGUCCCCAUGCAUUUCAAAUCACCGAUUUCCCAGGAGAGGCCCCGAGGACCUAAAAGACUCUUGCAAGGAGGGAGGAGGAACCCCAGGGCGGAGACUGGAGAUGCGGGAGGCGAGGAGGACCAGCGGCAGGAAGGAGGACGACCUCGGUGCCAGGGCUCAGUCAAGUCAGGAAAGCCGUGAGAACCUGAGCCUGGAGGCUGGUGUCAGGGCCCCAGAGGGUGUAUGGAAUGAGCACGGGGCUUCCGAACCCCCGGCUGCAACCUCCUGCCCUGGGCCCAGGCGGGAGCUUCCACUGCCCCUUCUUCAGGGGGAGGCCUCAGUGUCAACGGAGGGUCCUGAAUCCCUGAGCAGGAGGGGGUUGGGGGGAAGGCAUGUCUGGAGCCCCCAAGAAGGAGGAGAAGGGGGAGAAGGGGGAGGAGGGCUUUCAUCAUCAGAGGAGGAAGAGGCCCCCACAGCCGCCUUCUCCAGGGCCCACGGCACCAAUGGGCCGCCUCCGGCAGGUGCUCCAACCCUUGCAGAGCAGGGCAGAGCCCUCAGGAGAGUUCUGGGCAAGGAGGAAGAUUGCGUGUGGUCUGGAAAUGCUCUGCUUCUCCCAGAGGAAAGCCCUGAGGACAAAGGACAGGAAGAGGAGGAGGAAUUGUCGCAUCUCCACGGGUCCAGCCCGGGCCACAGGGAUGUCCGGGAGGAGCCUGGCUCCGAGGACUGUGAAGCCAAGGAAAUGCUUUUCCUACUGCAGGAGGGAGGUUUGCCACCGUCUCCUGGAUUGGCUUUAUGGCUCGAGGGGGCCCGACCUACCAGUCACCCCCGGGCUCCGAGCAAAGGCCGUGAGGGAUCUGCGUUAAAAAUAGAGGAAUUUGAAGAGGAGAUGGAGGCUUGUUUCCAGCAACUCUCCAUCCUGAAGCCUGGGAGUGGGGGGCAUGGCCGGAAAGCUUCCUCGUUGGCAGGAGAGAACUGGAGCUUUGCUCGGAGAUGGUACAGCUGCCAGGAGGACGCGUAUCCUCAGCAGGCUUUGGCAAACCAGGAUCUCGAUAUUUGUUAUGCCAAGGAAGCAAACCCCGAGGAGCCUGAUGAAGACGUUAAGCGGGGAGAGAAUGAGGCCGUAGGCACCGGCGAAGUUCUUCCAGGGCCGGUGCUGGAUUUGGUCAACCUGAGCCCAGGCCCGCCAGAGGGGCCCUCUGAGUGGGGUCGGAACCAGCUCUCUCAACAGCCGAGAGCCCUCGAGAGAGCGAGGACGAGGUUUCGUCAGCUCAUUUCUGGAUUGAAGACGGAGAGAAGCAAAGUUUUACGUGACAACGCCAAGCUUCAGGUAGAUCAGGAACGAUGCCACAGAAAACUGCGUGUCCUGGAAAAAGAGAGGGAGAGAAAUGUGAAAAAAAUAUCUGCGCUCAAACAGGAUAACGGCGUGCUGUUAGGAGACAUCUCUCACGUAAAGAGGGAGCUGGACCAGUACGUGCAGGUCAUUUCUGACCUUGAAGACUGUAACAGGAAAAGUUACUGCAAAAUUUCUGAGCUCGAAGAGGAAAACGAGAGAUUGAAAGGGCACCUUGGGCAGCUCUGGAAAGUCAUGUCUGCGAGCAUCCGAAAAUCCAAAGGCGUGAUGGAGUGCAUCACCCUGGAAAACUGGGAGCUCAGUGCACUGAUUUCGGAGCUUGGGGUCAGUUAUAAAGAGCUGAUAAAGGAUAUAGUGCUGGGAAUAGAAGACAUGAUCCAAGCCUUCAGGGGGGAGAAUGAACACCUUCUACAAAGGAUCCAAGUCCUGGAGGGGGAAGUCGUGUGGGGGAGCAGCACAGAUGUGGGACCUUUGGUGAGAGCAGAGGAGUAUCUCCAGGGAAAAAACAUGAUGGCGGUGGACCAGGUGAACGCUGUAGAAAGGGGGGUGCAGGUGACUGAGCUUCCAGGGCAACUGACUGCAAGAGGCCCUGGGCCACCCUCGGAGCAGGAAAUGGGUCUGGCUGGAGUGUGGACGGAACCUUGUUUAGGCCUGGAGAAUUCCAGGUGCGGUGCUGAUUCUCCUGCUACAUCACUGGUCUGGGGAAACGCCGCAGGAUCCAGUGCCCUGCAAGGAAACACCGAUGGGGCAGGAGUGAACGAAGCACAUUUGGAGAAGGACGACAAAAGACCACGGUGUUCUGCAGACCAAGGGCGAGCUCUGAAGUCCCCAUGCAGUGGCCCCCGGCUCCAGGACCCUGAAGCUGAGGCUUCCAAGGAGGACCUCAGGCUGUGCGUCAGACAACUGCGUCACCAAGUGCUGACCCUGCAGUGCCAGCUCCGAGACCGAGGGUCUGCACACCAGGAGCUGCAGGCUUCUCGGGAUGAGGCUGCCCGUCUCCGGUGCGAGCUCAAGGACAAGCUUGAUGCACUUCAGAAAAAGCACCAGGAAGCAAAUUUGGCUGUGACUCCUCUGAAGGCUAAGCUGGCUUCCCUGGUCCAGAAGUGUCGGGAGAGGAACCACCUGAUCACACACCUGCUCCAGGAGCUGCACAGACACGGGCUGGAGAACCACCAGCUCUCCGAGACGGCAAGCAACAUGGUGAAUGACGCGGCGCUGGCUGAGUACGCGGCCACCUUCCUGGCUCCGGGGGUCCCACAGACGAGCCAUCACCUGGACGUCGAGUCUGAGAAGACAACAGUUGUCAGAGCUCAGAAAUACCUCCUGAAUCCUGAAAUGGACAGUGUCCUCCAAAGACCUUUGCAUUCAGAGUCCUGGCCUAUUCCAGAGGCUGAGUGGCCAGCACAGACAGCUCAACUGGGUUCUUUGAAGCUUCCCUGGCCCUCGGGGCCGAUGCCCGACCCUGGAAUGUGCCAGGCUUCCAUCGCUGUGGAACCAGGGCUCCCUGUACAACGUCUGCAAGAAAAAGGUGGAAUGUCCUGGCCUGACCUCCAAGCUGAGCACCUCCUGCCAUCCCCCGAGCUCCUGAGCCCCGCAAGGAUCCUGGCUUUGCAUCAAGAACUUCGACAAAGCAUCUGCAGCACUUCCCAGGUCAAUAAGUCACCGUUGGAGUUAUAA